AUGAACAACACAAAAGUAGCUGGAGUGUUAUGCUUCCUAGUCAUUGUGGCUCUUUCUUCUUGUUCGCUCCAUGCACGAGAAGCCAACAAUAUAGAUCACUGCCUCCUUGAUAAAAAAAAGGUGAUGCGAGACUGUUGGCAUCACAUCGAAAAGAAACUUGGUGACCAGUACCCGCCACUCCAUAGCGCAUGUUGCAAUACAAUAAGAGAUGCAAAAGACAUCCACUGCGUCUGUGAUCGGUUCACCGCUCACGAACUGACUUUGCUCAGUCUAGCCAAGUUUGCCAUGGCUACACAUGUAUGCGGCAAUGGGUUGCACACAGACACUCACUGUGCAGGUUAUCGUGUUCCGGAAAUAAAGCUACCACCUCCACCCGCGGCAAGUACCUAG